UGCCACACCUGGAAAUGUCACUCAUGUAGCCUACUCAUAAACCACUGCUCUUCUGUUAUUCCUGAAAAUGGAGAAUGUGGAUCGAAUUUUGUCUGAAAGUCCCUCUAUUGAAGAGCUGGAGGAUAUUUUACACGGGGGUCAGCUAUCCUGUAACCAUGUCGAUGAAGUGUGGCCUAAUUUGUUUCUGGGGGACAUGUACAUGUCUCACGACAGAUAUGGCCUGUGGAGACUGGGUAUAACUCAUGUUUUAAAUGCUGCACAUGGUAAAAUGUGUUGCAAAGGAAGUGAUGAUUUUUAUGGGACAACCGUAAAGUACUACGGCGUGCCAGCAAAUGACCUGCCUACAUUUGAUAUUUCACCAUUUUUCUACCCUUCAGCACACUACAUCCAUGAUGCUCUUAGCACAACAGCUGCUAAAGUGUUUGUGCAUUGUGCUGUGGGAGUGAGCCGUUCCGCUGCUCUGGUUUUAGCUUACCUAAUGAUAUAUUGCAAUUACUCUCUGGUGGAUGCUAUCUUGAAAGUGAAAGAAAGAAGAUGGAUCUUUCCAAACCGAGGAUUUCUGAAGCAGCUGAUAACUCUCAACAAUGAAUUAAACUGCAAGGCACAGUCAGAGUAACUGAUUUUAUUUUUUUCCACAAGUAUGUAAUUCAUAAAUUUGUAAAUUAUAAAUAACAUCUAAUUACACUCAAAAGUUUUUGCAAGAUUUUUAAUGUUUUUAAAAAAGUGACUUCUGCUCACCAAGCCUGCAUUUACUUGAUCCAAAAUACUACAAAACCAGUAAUACUGUGAACUAUUUUACUAUUUAAAAUAACUGCUUUCUAUUUAAAUAUAUUUUUAAAAUGUAAUUUAUUCCUGGGAUCAAAGCUACACCUUCAGCAUCAUUACUCCAGUCUUCAAUUUCACAAGAUCGUUUAGAAAUCAUUCUAAUAUGCUGAUUUGCUGUUCAUUUAAUUCUAAAAUAAUACUAAAAGUCAGCUUUGAAAUCACAGGAAUAAAUUACAUUUUAAAAUAUAUUCAAAUAGAAAGCAGUUAUUUUAAAAAUCAAAAAUAUUUCAAAAUUUUACUGGUUUUGCUGUACUUUGGAUCAAAUAAAUGCAGGCUUGGUGAGCAGAAGAGACUUCUUUAAAAAACAUUAAAAUCUUACUUACCAAAAACUUUUGACUGGUAGUCUACAUUUAAACAGUAGGCCUACCUCUAAGCAUUAUCUCUAACAACUUUUUGUCAUACUUCUGUUAAACUUAAUUUAAUAAAAUAUGUAAGACGUCCAAAGCAAUACUUGUACUAUAUAUGGUCAAUAAAGAGAUAAUUUUACAUCUCUGUAAAUAUUCAUUUCACUAAUAAAUGAAUGAAGUAUUUGUUAAUAUAUUUUAUUAUUAUUUGAUAAUUAAUAAACAAUAUUUAAUCCCUGACAACAUUGGACAGAAUUAAACCUCUUUAUAUGUUUUAUAUAAUGUAUCAAAACUGGAUUCGUCUGAAAACGAUUAAGGUUAUGAAUGUUUUAAGCAUUUGAAUCUUAAACUGAACUGAAGUAGACCUAUGCAAAUAUAUUCAAACCAAGCUGAUCAGCAAACACUGUUACUCUGUUUCCCUCUUUGUUCCACUGUGUACAAUACUCCAAAUGUUCACCGAUGUUCACGCAACACAAUUGACACUUGUCCUGUUCUCUCGUCAUCGGAUGAAUCAUCUUCAAACUUAACUUGUGGAACAGACCACAAUGUCCUACCAACGAAAUUUUAUAAGCUAGAAUGGAAAUUAACAUGAAAUAUAUCUAAAAAUAGGCGGGUACUAAGUGUAUAAAUAACAAUGAACAGAUGUGAAAGCUUUAUAUUAAAGGUUUCAAUGUUAUUAUCUAGGUUUAAACCCAACACGUAGUGGUGCCUGUUACUUUUUACCGCGCUAGACAGGAUAGACCAAUCAGAGUCAUUUGUGAUUACUGCCCCAGACAUUUUAUUUAAUAAUAAUAUAGUAUUAAAAUAAAAUAGUAUUAUGUCGUAAUAUAUUUGCCUUUACUGUGUGACUAGCAUAUAUUUAACAUAUAUUUGUCGUGUAAAAAUAUACUCAGUAAGAUAAAAACAUCCUACAAUUUGAAUGCGACUUAACUGAUGUUAUUGACUUUCUGAGCCACCGGGCGCCCCCUGGAGGAAGUGAAGAUUUUGUACGGCAUAGAAACAGUUAGUCGCAGUAUGUGUUGUACGCACAGACGUCUGUCAUCAGUGGAGCUCUGAGAUGCUCAGUGGUAUCGGGUGACCGAACAGCGUCAUAAAGAGCACCUGUUUGCGUGCAUCACGACGUGCCAAACCCGGUAUGUAUACUGAAGCCUCGGGAAAACGGCAGAAACACAUCUUUACCGGCAUAAUAGUCUGAUCUGGGUCAAUUCAGAAAAAUGACAGCUCAGAAAAACAAACACGGACUUCUGGCUAUUAAAGAGUUGGAGAA